AUGGAUACAGCGGACCGCGCCAGUUGGCUAGCACAAAUACAAAGGGACAGGGCCAAACGUCUUGAAUUGGACAAAACUGAGGUCGAUCUCCGUCGGAGGCGAACUCACUUGGACCUGCAAGACGACGACGAUAAUCAAGAAGAAAACCGUGAGCCACCCCCCGAGGUAAAACCACUCAUUGAUAUGUUUCCGGGUGUCUCCGCCGCCCUCCUUACUCGCAUCUUCGAAAGGAAAUUGAAGGCGACCGAACUCCUUCGCUUCAAAGAGAAGUCAGUAAUCGACGCAGAUCAAGCGAAUGGAGUCUUCAAAAUGACCGAGUCAGGUGGCACCGUGGGCUUCAAAAAGGCAGCUUCAUCGCUUAAAGACUGGGGUCCUAACCCUCAAAUAUGGACCAGCUGUUUCCUUACCUACUUAGCAGUCAUAGGAUAUCUUUUUGGUGACAAGCACCCUAAGGCUGUCCCUAACCUGCUCAUGUUUAUGAGGCAAAUCCUUGACUUUGCUCAGACCUAUCAAUGGCCGGAAGCAGUACUUCCACUGGCUCUCAACUUCCACCAAUAUUUACUGGAUAAGGCAAGGCCCAACACAGCUCUCCAAUACCCCGUUUUUAACACGGAACUACCAAAAUUAUACCCUUCGCCUUCCCCACUUCAUCCACAGAGAUGGCGUAACCUCCUUCGUUACUAUCCUGGCGAGCUUGGAUCAACUUUAGCCGGCAUUCUAACCUACGGCGUCCAGAUCGGUUAUAGAGGCAAGAAACACGCUUGUCACUCCACUAACCACUAUAUACACGAACCCAGCAUUAUCACGGAGAAGUUAGCAGAAGACCUUAACCUUCAUCGGGUCAAGCUUGCUUUCAAAUCUUCCUUUAUUUCGCCGCUUGGACUUGUCCCUAAGCACGAUGGGGGAUGGCGCCGUAUCCAUGAUUUAUCCUGGCCCCCUGGAUGUGGCGUUAAUCAGGGCAUACCAGAUAACUGGUCCGCCAUUGAAUAUAUGAAAAUCGACGAUAUAUAUGACCAGAUCAUAAAGGCAGGAUCUGGCUGCACAAUUAUCAAACGGGACAUUAAGGAUGCCUUCCGAAUAGUCCCUGUUGCCCAAGACAACCAGUAUCUCCUAGCCUUUCAGUGGAAUAAUUCCACCUAUGUUGAAUGUUGUCUCCUAUUUGGACUAGCAACAGCUCCAUUUCUCUUCAAUCUCUUCGCAGAGGCUCUUCACUGGGUACUCCAAUGCCUCCUUCCCACAUUUUAUAUUAACCAUUACCUGGACGACUUCAUUGCUGUCACACAUUCUCCCUCAAUGUCCAACCCUGCAGGUGCCUUUGACAAAGUCUACCACACGGUAACUGACUACCUAGGCAUUCCUCGCAAUAAUAGGAAGGACGAGCAAGGGACCUGCGUUAUAGUACUGGGAAUCCAAAUAGAUUCCAUUGCGAUGGAAGCUCGUCUGCCACAAGAGAAGCUGUGCCGCGCCACAUUGGACGCCGCAGCUGCCCUUAACGCAACGAGUCUUUCUCUCAAGCAAGUAGAAAGCCUUACAGGCUUACUAGCCUUUUGCUCAAGAGUAGUCCGGCUUGGAAGAACAAGGCUACAGUCUCUCUACACCUUCCAGAUCGCCUUCCCACGUGGGAGCUGCACGCGCCGCCGUAUCCCCUAUGAGGUACGUGACGAUUUGGAAUGGUGGAGGGACUCCUUGUCUCUCUUCAACGGCGUACUCUUAGUUGACCCUUGCCGCCGCAAUAUCACACAUCUCUACACAGAUGCCUCCACUACAGGCCAGGGACUAUUCUUCUUCUCAUCAAAGUCUACACUAGACUGCUGGCGGACCCAUUGUCACCAGCUUCAAUCAUGCAAUGCUGCCUCACUGGCCCUUGCUCAAGACGCACACGCGCAUAUCAACACCACAGAAGUAGAUGCUAUCCUACAAGGCUUCUUACUCUUCAGCCACCAUUGGCUUCAUCACACGCUUGUUAUCCAUACAGAUAGCUCCACAGCGUACACAGGACUAAGCAAAGGCUUCCUUCGUGGUCCACCCAAUGUACCAUUGAAGAGUCUGCUUAUCCUAGCGGCGGCGAGAGACAUCCAAAUUGUGCCACAUUGGCUCCCUUCAGGGGAAAACACAUUAGCAGAUGCGCUCUCUCGUAAUAAUUUCCAAGAAAUUGCUAACCUUUGUCCCCACUGGCAGGACCUCUCGGUAUUGAACCGCCCACAUGGUUCUCUUUGCGAGCUCAUCAGCUUAGUGCAGGCCAUUUGA